ACAGAGAAUAUUACAACUAUUCAAUUCACCUAUACUCUGCUCCGCAAAACACCAAAUAUAAACCCAAAUUGUAUAAAAUAUUCUUACCACAACGGUGCCACUAACCACUGAGCCCCCCUUCCGACGACUCACUCACUUCUUACAUACAAAAAAAAUUUUCAAAUACUUGGAUUUAUUUUCAAUAAUAAUAAUCAAAGAUCACCAAGAUCCAAACUUUUUUGCAUCUUGGGCUUAAAUCUUGAAGACCCAUUUGAAUUUUUUUGUUGUUUAAUGUUUUGAGUAAUCUUUACUUCAUGUUAUAGAAAAAGAAAGAGAAAAAAAGGGAUAUUUUGUCUUGAAAAGUGAAGAGAAAAUGGCGGGUCGUAGGGAGAAGUAUGGUCAAUCUAUAAGAGGAUCUCGAAUUGCUGGAGCAAUUGCGAUCGGAGUUUUAUUGGGUUGUGUGUUUGCUUUCUUGUAUCCUAAUGGAUUUUUUUCUCCCGAUCCAAGGUCUCAAAGUCACCCUGUUUCUAAAUCUAAUCUUCAGGUUGACUCGCCCAACUGUGAAUCCACGGAGGGGGUAAACAUGAUGAAAUCUGAAAAUAGGAAGUUGACUGAAAAGAAUGCAGAGUUGCAAAAGCAGGUAAGAGAGCUAAAUCAAAAGCUUCAGGCGGCUCAGCAGGGAAAUGGUCGUACACAGGAGCAACUGGUGGUGUCGAGUCAACCUCAGAAAGCUGGACCUUUUGGAACUGUCAAAAGUUUGAGAACUAACCCUCCUGUUAUGCCUGAUGAGUCAGUGAACCCAAGAUUAGCAAAGCUCUUGGCAGAGAUUGCAGUUGGCAAAGAGGUCAUAGUUGCACUUGCUAAUUCAAAUGUGAAAUCCAUGUUGGAGGUUUGGUUCAACAGUAUUAAAAAAGUGGGUAUUCCCAAUUAUCUGGUCGUGGCUUUAGAUGAUGCUAUAGUGGAGUUCUGCAAGGAAAAUGACGUCCCAGUUUAUAAAAGGGACCCUGAUGAGAAUGUUGAUUUUAUUGGAAAAAGUGGAGGCAACCACGCUGUCUCAGGGUUGAAGUUCCGAAUUUUGAGGGAGUUUUUGCAGCUUGGUUACGGUGUCCUCCUUUCUGAUGUCGAUAUUGUGUAUUUGCAAAAUCCUUUUGAUCAUUUAUAUCGUGAUUCAGAUGUUGAAUCAAUGUCAGAUGGUCACAAUAAUAUGACAGCUUAUGGUUAUAAUGAUGUUUUUGAUGAACCAUCAAUGGGUUGGGCUCGAUAUGCACAUACAAUGAGGAUAUGGGUUUAUAAUUCUGGUUUCUUUUAUAUUCGGCCAACAAUUCCUUCAAUCGAGCUCUUAGAUCGGGUUGCUGAUCGGCUUACUACUCAGCCAAAUUCCUGGGACCAGGCAGUUUUCAAUGAAGAGCUGGCUUUUCCAUCACAUCCUGGGUAUAUUGGCCUUUAUGCUUCCAGGAGAACAAUGGAUAUCUACCUGUUCAUGAAUAGCAAGGUCCUAUUCAAGACUGUAAGAAAAGAUGCUAAUCUGAAGAAGUUGAAACCAGUUAUAGUUCAUGUAAACUAUCACCCGGACAAAUUUCCUAGAAUGAAAGCAGUUGUUGAGUACUACGUCAAUGGCAAGCAGGAUGCUCUGGAUGCAUUCCCAGAUGGUUCAGUAUAGUAGCAGCUGCUAAAAAUGGUCCUUCGAUUGAGAUCUAGGCCAGUGAUAUUCUAUGUCUUGCUAUUUGUCUUUUCAUACAGGUAGGCUCAGUUGAUUCCCCUUUUGGAUCAAUGUGUAAUACCAACCUCUUUUUUGAGAACUCAAUGUGUAAUACCAACUUCUUAUCAACUACAUUCAGACUUGCAUCUCUUUCACCACAGUAGUACUUCUAUUUGAAAAUUUUGCAGUA